UAAUUAUUAUUAUUAUUACAAUAGAGGAAGAGAUAAGCUCCCGGAGAAACGACUCCUCCACCCGGUUUUCCAUCAUUCACUUGUAACUUUUCAUUUCACAAAUGCCUCUAAUUUAUUUGCAAAAGUAGGGUUUUGAAAUGGAUUCAGAGCGGCCAUCAUUUGAUUUCUCUCCAGUUUCUGAGAAGACAGCAUUUUUACUGACAAAACCUGGGGAGGUUCCCAAAUAUGAGAUCCCUGCAUCAAUUAAUCAAUACUUGAGAACUUAUCAGAGGGAAGGUGUUAGCUUCCUUUUGAGUCACUACCAGAACAACAGAGGAGCAAUUUUAGGAGAUGAUAUGGGACUCGGUAAAACAGUUCAGGUCAUUGCAUUUAUAUCUGCAUUGCUUGGGAAAACUGGAACCAACGAUGAUGCUUUUGUUCUUAAACCAGCUUUUAUUAAAAAAAUGUACUCAAUGGAUAAACCAGUUAAAGCUCAUACAUGUCUGCCUUUCCUUAUUAUUGUACCUGGCAAUGUUUUAUAUAACUGGGUUGCUGAACUGGACACUUGGGGCUAUUUUGCUGUUGGUAAAUUCCAUAGAAAAUAUAAAGAAGACUGUUUGACUGGAAUGAAAUAUGAUAGAUUUGAAGUUGUUUUAACAACCUUUGAAACGUUUCGGGAUAACAAGGAUUAUCUUAUUGACUACAACUGGGCUGCUGUGAUUGUUGAUGAAGUUCAUAAAAUUAAGAAACUCAAAGCCCAAAUAACUCAGGCCUUGCGAAGCUUCCGUUCUCUGUGUCGAUAUGGCUUGACUGGCACUGCACUGCAAAAUGACAUGAUGGAGCUUUGGUCCAUAAUAGACUGGGCUCAACCAGGUUUCCUUGGAGAACAAACAGAUUUUUAUGAAGAAUAUGUGAAGUUUAUUAUGCAAGGGCAAAAGCAUGAUGCUACCAAACGGGAACUAGCAGAAGCACGGCAAGCAAAGCAAAAAUUUUGUGACAUCCGAGACCAAAUUAUGAUUCGAAGAACUAAGAUAAUUAUCAAAGACCAACUUCCUAACAAAGAUGACAACAUAGUAUUUUGUAAAUUAAGUGACUUUCAGAAGAAGUUACAUUCUACAAUCUCUCGAAAUGAAGACUUCCAGAACAUUCUUCAGGCUUCCGAUCCUUGUAAAUGCGGCAGUGGAAAACCCCAAAAGAAAUGUUGUAGGAAGAAGUCAGGGAAAGGCCGAUCACUUAUUUUUCAAUUUCUACACCUCCUCUUAAAAGUUGCAAACCACCCAGCUUUGUUAUUGUCUCAAAGAAAUUCUACAGAAAGGAAAACAAACCAGUUUCAAAUGAUUCAUGAUACGAUAUUCCGGACAAAUCAACAAUACCAACAACUGACUAAGGAAUCUUUAGUUUCUUUAUCCAACCCAAAAUACUGUGGUAAGAUGAAGGUGUUAAGUAUUUCAUUAAGUCUAAUAUGGAAAAGUCAUUUAAAAGUGUUUAUUAUUCAUUUUAUUUUUUAUUUUCAGCUGUUAGACAUUUUGGAAGUUUACCUUCAAACUGCUCUUUAUGAGUUCCGUCGUAUUGAUGGUCAAGUAAGCCCCAAGAACCGAUCAACAAUUGUCCAGGAAUUCAACAAUGACCCAAGCAUAUUCAUAUGUCUAAUAUCAACCAAAGCUGGUGGACUUGGCUUAAAUAUAACUGGUGCAAAUGUGGUCAUCAUUUUCGACCCAAACUGGAACCCUAGCCAUGACUUGCAGGCACAAGACCGGGCUUAUCGGAUUGGACAGCGACGUGAUGUUCAAGUGUUUCGACUGAUAUCGUCUUGCUCCAUUGAAGAGAACAUCUACUUAAGACAGGUUUAUAAACAGCAAUUGGAGAAAGUGGUUAUUGGAACUGAAAAUGCCAAACGUUAUUUCUUUGGCAUUCAAGGGGAUCAGCAACACAAGGGAGAACUGUUUGGUUUGAAAAACAUGUUUUCUUUCUCUGAAAAACAGUCGUCUCUAGUUGAAAACAUUCUUGAGAGAAAUAAGAAAGUGGAAAAACAGCUUGCUGGUCAUAAAGUGACUAAAUAUGUCUCGAUUACAGUGAAUCAGAAGGAAACAGAAUCAAAUGAUGAGUGGAGUGAUGAAGAAGAUUUCAAUAUCGAGGAUAGCAGUAAUGGCAGUGAUGACAAUAACAGCGAUGACGAAGAAGAAAUGGAAACCGAAAGCUCAUCUGAAGAAGAAUCCCCAGAACUGAUGGCUCGAGGAGAUUCCUUCAAAGAUCUUGGUAACUAUGGUGUGGUACAUGUUCAUAAGAACCGACAGAUAACUGGUGCGAGUCGUGCUGAGGACCACAUGAGUAAGUGUGCCAUGGAAGAAGUCUUACAAGAUCAGAAGAACUCUCAGCAACUGGCCAUGGAGUGUGAACCUUAUGUCCAGUCACCUGACAGUGGAAAGACGAGUAAGAAAAGGAAAAAGAUGACGAAAAUUAAAGAUUACAAUGCUCCUAAAUGUAUUCCAUUUGGUCAAAAUCAAAUGGUUUAUGGAGAAACACCAGUGGCAGUUGUGAGGGACCACUUGGAAAAAAUGGUUGAUACUUUACAGUUUUCAUCACUUGAGGAACUUUGUCAAUCAAUAAUUAAAAUGUCUGCUGCAAAUCGAGCUGAACUAUUACAGCAAUUCUAUACCAAAAUGUAUGGCUCACAAAUAUUUUCCGUAUUCCAAAAACUUCCACGAUUUUCACAGAGUUUAUCAACAGGUUCCAAUCAAGAAGAAAAUGGUCGAAAUCAACAGAAGAAUGAUUCUCAGUUAACGACACAAGACAACAAUCAGGUGAAUGCUGUAAAAAAAUCAUUGAAUUCUAAAACGUGUAGAAAGAAAUUUACUAAGCUCCAUCACACUCAUAAAAUGAAACCAGACUUUGGAAAUCCUUUUGCUUCUCCUGCAGCUUCAACUUCGAAAACAAGCGACAGUGUAUGCGGAAAUCAGAAAUACUUGCAUCAUCGGCGUCUUGUUUCAGACGUAAAAUAUUCUUCCAAUACAAGUAAUUCUAAUAGCAGUUUGGACUCAGAGAAUCCAGAAACAAACUUACCAACUGUACCAGUUGAUUAUGAAGCUGUGAUAUUUACCGAAGCAGACAAUAUUUUCUUUUCAGAGUCUAACCCAACCAACACACAUCGCAAACCUCCUCCUAAAUCAAAGUUAAAAUUCAAAAGAUAGACAAACUUCCAUAUUUCUGAGGUUUUGUACAAUGAAACAUCUUUUAAUAAAUCUUAAUAAAAUAA